CUGCCAAGUUGUCAACCCAAAUCUUGCAGUGAAUGAAUCGUCAACAGGCAGCAUUGUAGUGAAAUAUACAAGUUUUCCUCCGAUUUUGUGAGAAUCAGUGUCAAAUCGACAUGUCUAAAACGGAAAGCAAAGAAUCAACAAUACGGCAGUUCUACACCGAGCUAAACAAACAAGGUUCUAAUGGGGAAUACGAGAAGGCCCUCAAAUCCGCUAAUAAAAUUCUGGCACUUGACCAAAACGAGUUAGAAGCGCUCAAGUGUAAACUCGUCUGUCUUAUCCAGCUAUCUAAGUUUGAAGAAGUGCUCAAGUUCCUCGAUAGGACACAACCAGCGCAUGAUUGCACCUUUGAACGGGCCUAUUGCGAGUACCGUCUGAACCAGCCGGAUGUUGCAUACAAAACGAUCCAGAACAGUGGAAUCAAACCGCUGCCAUCAAAUCUGAAGGAGCUGAUGGCACAGAUUCUUUACCGCAUGGAACGUUUUGAGGAAUGUUUCGAUUUAUACAAGGAUAUCAUAAAAAACACUCACGAUGAUUACGAUGACGAACGAACCACCAACAUGAGUGCGGUGGUGGCAAAUCUUUACGUCGAAGGUUCUAAGAAGGAUUUGCCAAACCUUCGAGAGGAUACGUACGAGCUGACGUACAACGCCGGUUGUGCACUUGCCGGGCAGCAACAGUUUCCGGAAGCGGAAAAGAAGUUGCGGGCUAGCGAGAAACUUUGUCGGGAAUUUCUGGAAGAAGAUGGGGCUACCGAAGAGGACAUUAUGGAUGAGGUGGCAAUUAUAAAAGUUCAGCUUGCUUACUGCUUACAGAUGCAGGGUAAAUCUAAGGAAGCAUCGGUUAUCUACACAGAAGCAUUGAAGCAUAAAACGAACGAUCACGCCUUGACUGCGGUGGCCAGUAACAACUUAGUUGUUAUCAACAAGGAUCAGAAUGUGUUCGAUUCGAAGAAAAAAAUGAAGGCAGCUACCUCCGAACAGGCCGAACAUAAAUUGACUUCCAGGCAGAAAAAGGUUAUCGCAUUCAACAAUUGUCUUCUGGCAUUUUUCACCAAUCAAGCCGAUUGUCAUAUGUUAGCAAGUCGACUAGGGAAUUCCUAUCAGGACAUGGAAUUUCAAUCAUUGCUGGUGCGAGUUAGUCAGCUGGCCCGAGACAAAAAGUAUAAAGACGCCAUUGAAUUGCUUGAAAAUUUUUCAAAGAAGCUGCCGACGACUCAAGAAUUGGAAAUUAAGUUUGCCAUUGUUCAGCUUCAUUUAUUAGCAGGAAACCGCAAGGCCGCUGUGGAAGUUUUGGUAGGUCUCGGAGAAGCCAAAUAUAGACCGGGCGUGGUUUCAGCACUUGUGACACUUUAUCUUGGUUUGGACAACAAGGCAGCGGCCUCCAACAUUCUAAAGAAUGCUGUUGAAUGGUAUAAAAAGAAUAAAGGCACUGCAGGUGGUGAUCUUACUGACAUGUGGCGACAGGCCGCCAGUUUCCAUUUGCGUGGAGGUGAAUCAGAAACGGCAGCUAAGAGUUUGGAAGAGCUGUUGAAAACCAACCCAUCCGAUAUGAAAAUUCUUGCUCAAUUGGUAAUCGCAUAUGCCCAAUUUAAUCCGAAGAAGGCACAGGAAGCCAGCAAAAAACUUCCAGCGUUGGAAACUUUGACAACUGCAUCCGAAAUUGAUGCUCUGGAAGCCACUAACUGGAUGAUGAUUGCAAAGGCAGUGAAGAAAAAGAUCCCUACCUCGGCUAAGACGGAUCAAUCUCCCAGUACACCAGGCAGUGAUAUAGCAAAGAAAUUAAAGAAGGUUUCCAGGAAGCGCAAGGGAAAGCUACCGAAGAACUACGAUGCAAAUUCUGCACCCGACCCGGAACGCUGGUUACCACGCUACGAACGUACCGGGUAUCGCAAAAAACGGGACCGUCGUGUGAAGGAAGUCAUGAAGGGCAGCCAGGGAACCGCUUCUGGACAAGCAGAUCAAUAUGAUAUGAGCAAGUCUUACAACCAGACCCGACAGUCUCCGGCAACACCGGCGGCACACGAAACUGCACCUACAGGUCCGGCUCUUAGACAACUACCCCGGAAAAGCCAACACAAAAAGAAGAAGGGAAAGCAUUAAUAGCAUUUGAUUACAUUCACGUUACAUAACAUUUUUGUAUGUUCUUAUAUUGUACUGAAAACCAAAAUAAAAUGAAGUGCAUUUUCUCCAA